GAAUUAUACAAUACAAAAUUAGCUUUUAUUAUCCUAUUCGCAGAUAUAAAGUGGAUAUCAAGUAAUUUAGCUUAUAUUGCAAAUGGUUAAAUUUAAAGUGAUGAAGAGGUUUUAAAAAUUAUCCAGCGUUCUCAUUAUAUAUAAAACAUUAAACUUAUAGUUCUAAAUUAUAUUUGCAGAGAAUAUAUUCUGAUGACAAAGGCUAGGCAAUAAAAUGCUAUAUCCUUUCCCCGACCUUAGUAUAAAUCGAGGUCUCAGGACAAAACCAGAAGAUAAAUCGCGCGAUUUCAAUGCGAUCGAAACCUCAAAUAUCUGCAUCAGCUACAACCUACAACGUAUAAUAGUGAAGCUAUCGGAAAAAUAUGACGCACUAUGGACGGAAUGAGAGUCUUCAUAAUGUAUAUAAAAGCAAUGCCUUAUCCACAGUCGAUCGACCAAUUACUACUAACAAUACCGUUUACAAUUAUGAUAAUAAUAUACACAACAUGGAGUCAUUUACUAAAGACGAAUACAAGAGAGCAUUGGUAGUGUCGAGUACUUUAGCUUCAGGAGUAGAGUAUGCAGGGGAUGUGGAUUGGACCCAAUGCGAAAUUUUGGACAGUCAAUGUUCAAAUCAGAACAAUUCAGAUGAGCACAUAGCUAUCAGCGAAGCUCUUGAUGUCAAUGCGGGCGGAGUGGCAUUAAAUACGCAUGGUGAUUAUUGGGACUCGAGCAUAUCCGCGCCAAUCGAAUAUAAUUGCGGAUAUGAAUACGACGUGUUUGGGUACGAAACUACAACAAUAACAACAACACCAAAAGUUUUGCCCCCGUUUUGACACAUAAUGGAACAUGUAACUUUGACAUGCGAGAUCGUGAAGGUACGUAUGGCAAAAGGGGAGACGACCGUUUUGGUGCCCGGUUGCCCGCUGCACCAGGAGCAGUAGCUUCGUCAUCGUCAGAUGUUACCAAUAACUCAAACUCAAAAUAUAGAUUGUUGCCGCAAUCGGUUGCGUAUCAGAAUGUUCAUAACGCUCAAUACAAUAUAAAUGGACAUACUGGAUAUGCACCCAACGGUGGUUUGAUUGAUGAACGAAUUGGCAGUUUCAUAAGUUUGCCAGCAGCGGCGCCUUUGCGGAUGUUACCAAAUUUUCAACAACAACAAUGUUCCUCACAACUGCUCUUUAAAGAUG